GCCUUCACGAUCUCUGCCAUUCGUGCAGCGGAGGGCAGCAGCAAGCGUGCAUCCUCAGAAAAGCCUGCUUCAGAAUCUGCAGCCAAGAAGCCGCGUGCGGCCGAGGUGCAGAAGAAAGAGAAGGCUGAAAAGAGCACCGGGCGCAAAGCCAGCCAGUCAAAGAAACAGGUAACGGUUGAAUCUUCCAGUGAGGAUGCAGAGGAGGAGGAAGACGAGGAAAAGGAAGAGGAGGAGGAAGACGAGAAGGAGGACAAGGACGAAAAGGAAGAGAAGGACGAAGAAGAGGAAGAAAAAGAUGAUGAAGAAGAAGAUGAGGAAGACGAAGACGAGGAAGAAGAGGAGGAGGAAAAGCCGAAGUCCAGAAAGAAGGAAGCUGAGUCGACACGCAAGUCCAAGAAGGACGAGUCGGACGAGAAGGAGGACAAGGACGAUGAUGACGACGAAGAAGAGGAAGAUGAGGAUGAUGAAGAGGAGGAGGACGAUAAGCCGAAGUCGAAGAAAGCUGACGGCGAUAAGAAAGGUGGCGACGCUGCUGGCGGCAACUACUUCGUCACGGCCUACAACAAACGCCGAGAGGAGAGGGCCAAGGCAGAAGAAGAGAAAAGGAAGGCUGAGCGCUCCAAGGAACCGGAAAAGGGGUCCAGGCUGGCAAACGGCACGGCCGCAGCCAAGGAAAAGUCCGCGAAGGAUGAUGAAGCUGACGAGGAUGAGGUCCGGAUGUUGGAGGAGCUACGCAAGCGUGCAGAGGAGAGGAAAAAGAAGAUGGAGGACCUCAAGAAGAAGGAGGAGGAGUUGAAAAAGAAGGCGGCUCCCAAGGGGGAGGACAGCAAGCCUGAAAGCAAGGCAAAGGAAUCCAAGGAGAAGCGGUCGAAGGCUGAGAGGGCCGAGAGUCCAGAUGAGCCUUCGCGCCCCCGCAAAGGCCGCGAGGCCCCGGACCGGGACCGCGAAGAUCGGGGCCGCGACCGCCGCGGCGAGGGUCGGAAGCGCAACCGAUCGGAGGAAGGAGAGCGAGCCCAGAAGGGGACCGCGAUGACCGCGGCAGAGACCGCCGAGGAGACCGCCGUGGCAGAGAGCGCUCCGAGGACCGCCGACGGGACGACCGCGGGCGAGAUCGUCGAGGUGACCGACGGGGACCGACGACGUGAGGACCGUGGCCGCGACCGACGCGGCGACCGCGACCGGGGUCGCGAACGCUCCGAGGACCGGCGAAAGGCAGAAAGCCCGGAAAAGCGAAAGGGCCGAGAGGAAAAGGAGCGCGAUGAAAGCGAGGGCCGCGAUCGCCGCCAACGAGAGCCUUCUGAGGACGAUGACGAUGAGCAAGACAAGAAGCGAAAGCAGGAGGAGGAGGAGAAGAGCAAAGCAGAAGCUGAUAGGAAAGCUGAGCGAGAAAAAGAAGAGGCCGCUGAGGAGAAGCGCAAGGUCGAAGAGGAGAAGCGCGAGGACACCAGGCGACGAGCCGAUGACCGCUCGGACGACCCGAAGUUGUCGCCCGAGGAGGUGAAGAGAAAGAAGGAGGAGGAGAUGAGGCUAAGGGAGGAAGAGCUCCAAAAGAAACGCGAGAAGAAGCGCGCGAUGGAGCAGGAGGAGAAGACCAAGCACGACGAUAGGAAAUCCAAAGACAGACGGAUGGACGAUGACAAGGGUAAGGACAGCCAGGCAGACAAGGAAGAUGCAAAGAAGAAAGAGGAAGACACCAAGAAGCGGCUGGAUAAAGAAGCCAAAGUCCUGCGCGAGCAGGAGGCGAUGCUCAAUGUCCUCAAGGUUCUGCAAAAGCUCUCACAAGCAACACCCGAGACCUUCGACUCCCUCAAGAAGGACAGCAUGGCAGCUGUGUAG